UUGGUGGGUCCUAGCAGAGCGACGACAUGUUGGCUACAGGGAGCACCUCGUCUCGGACGUUUCGUUUGCUCGUUACCUCGGGGUAUAUUGAGUGAGGGAGGUGGGUGAAGGGAAAAAAAAAGGAGAAUAAAAAAAAAACUCUCUGCUUCCCCGUUUGAAGUGAUAGGGGGACAAGAGGCUCUAAUCAGCCAUUCGUUGAGAAUUUGUUAAUUAUUUAUCUCUCGAUUCAACCUGACAAUUUUACCCUGAAAAAUUCAUGGACUCGUGUGGAUCAUCGAGUAAUUCUACAAGUGAGGAAAACGAGUUUUUGGAUUAUUCGUGAUACCCUCCAGUGAUUACAGUCCAGGGGGAUAGAGAAGGCUCGAUUCUAGUGUGGGGGCGGAUUUGUCUGUGAAAAAGUCCACCGAUCAGUGUUGUGACAUUAAAAUAAUUUUUAUUUUCGAUUUAACUGGAGUCACAUCGGAUUUUAAUUUCCUUCUUUCAGUGAUCUGGUCUCUGGUGGUUCCAAUCGCACGGAUGAACCUGGAGAUGCUGCUCAGUUCGAUUUAACAUUCCAUUAAAAUUUUUUUAUCAACAAUAAAAAAAAUACCAGUGAAGUUCGAGGAAUAAUUGCUGGCACGAUGAGCUGCUAAAUUGUUAAAUUCGCAAAUUACACGAAAUUAAUAUCCAGAUAUAUGUGAGUGCAUUUGUGUGCGCGCGCGGGUUCCUCUAUUAUAUAUAUACCAUAUAUAUGUAAACAUAUAUGUAUGUAUAAUCGAAACCAAACGAGGAAGCAAGAGGAAAAGGGGAAAAAAAAAUGAAAAUUCGCGUGGAGUAACCAGGAGAGCUCAACACCGGAGUAAUAUUGAUAAUAAUAAUAAGGAGAGGAAUAAAUAAAAAAAUCGAGGGAUUAAUUCAUGAAGAGGAUCAUUGAUUUUGAUACGAGGAUGUGGAUGAGACCAGGCACAGGGCAGACAGUUCAGAACUAGUGCAAAAAGUUUGUCAUCAUUUACUCCUCAUAUUCGACUAAUUUUUUUUAUCGCUAAUUUUUUAAUGACUCCUUUUUCUUUCGGCUGAUCUGUCCCUGUCGUUCGGAGCUCGAUCUGGCAGCAACAAGAACCGUCAGCCAAUACGUGAAGCGAUCUAUUUUAACAUUUCAUCGUAAGUGACUUGGGGAUUUUAGUGUACAUGCCUUGUGAGGUGGGUGGUGGAGAGGUGUAAAGAAGCGACAACGAGGCGAGGUUCUAUCUCUCGAAACACGCGCCUGUGUCAUCGUUUUACCCAGUGGAUUCAACUGUUGUGCCCUCCAGAGUAUAUCCCAUUUUUGGAAGAUUGAAACAAGAGGUUCAACCCUUGAAACAAUUGUCCACUGUCAACGAGAAACAAGAAAGCGCCCAAUAAUUCAUACACACCAUCAAUUUGGAUGUCUCAUCUGAUAAUCUUUUCCUGAAAUUAUUCCACGAUUAAUGGAUAAAUUGGCCUAGUCAUCGAUGUGCUGAGAUUGGUCAAUUACUGGUGCUCCAAACUUGUGGAUUUAAUCAGUCAAGCUGUUGGAAAUCAAUUUUCGGAUAAUUGUCUUGUGCUGUUGGCGGAGUCAACGCAUCGUGGAGAGAUCGUUGAAUAAUUAAUAAGCACUAUUCAAGGUCCAUGUGGAUUCUUGACAGAUAUGACACGAAACACGCCCCGAUGUGAAGAGUAAAAGCCAAGGAAAGGCAAAGUUAUUGUCGUUUGAUAUUUAAGUGUCAGCUUGAGGAUAUUGUCGAUACUCUGCUGCUCCCUGGGUUCGAUUAAUCGGAUCUUGGGUGCAUGUGAUUUUAAUUUGCUGGUGAUUUUGAAGAAUCAAUCGGGCGUGUAACGACACAUUAUAGCUGGCACUUCAUUACCACUGCUGAUUGUUACAAUUUUCCUCUGUGGAAGUGGAGGAAAAACAGGAAAAAGGGGGUGUGGAGGGGCCGGGGGAGGAGGACGAGGAGGACGAAAAGGAGAAGGUGGCGAAUUAUAGGCGGCACGAGAAGAAGAGGGAACGUAAGAAAAAAAGACAAAAAGGUGGAUAUAAUAUUCAUGAAUAAUGAGAUAUGGAUUAAUAAUAGAGUCAGUGGGAUUAAAAUUAAAAAUUCAUUUAACGGAGACUCAUUAAUAACGAUACAAGUGGCUGCUGGAUACUGCUGGUACCAUCAUUGAAAUCCCUUGAUUUUGGAUAUAAUAAUAAAUUGAUAAAGUGCUGAGUUAACUGUUGGGGAAACAAAAACAGGGAAGAACAACAAUUUGUUGUGUGGCUCGUAUGUCAUGGGGUGUUUCGGCAGCCAGAGCAGCAAGGCCAGCCAGGAUGACAGCAAGACCCAGAAGAGGCGUUCAGACGCUAUCACCAGACAGUUGCAGAAGGAUAAGCAAGUCUAUAGAGCAACGCACAGGCUUCUAUUGCUCGGGGCUGGUGAGUCCGGAAAAAGUACCAUCGUGAAGCAAAUGAGAAUAUUGCACGUCAACGGUUUCAGUGAAGCGGAGAAGCGCCAAAAAAUCGAGGAUAUCAAGAAAAACAUCCGGGAUGCUAUCUUGACGAUAACAACCGCUAUGAACACGUUGACACCACCAGUGCAACUCGAGAAUUCAGAAAAUCAGAGCAAAGUUGACUAUGUGCUGGAUGUCUCGUCAUCCCCUGAUUUUGAUUAUCCACCGGCAUUCUACGGAAUUGUCGAGACAUUGUGGAAAGACCGAGGUGUUCAACAGAGCUUCGAGAGGAGCAACGAGUAUCAGCUCAUUGACUGCGCCAAAUAUUUUCUAGAUAAAGUUGCCAUCGUCAAACAGCCCGAUUACACGCCAACUGAACAGGAUAUUCUAAGGUGUCGAGUUCUCACGUCGGGCAUCUUCGAGACUCGAUUUCAAGUUGACAAGGUCAACUUUCAUAUGUUCGACGUUGGGGGCCAGAGAGAUGAAAGGAGGAAAUGGAUACAGUGUUUCAAUGACGUGACUGCAAUAAUAUUCGUUACUGCUUGCAGUAGUUACAACAUGGUGCUCAGGGAAGAUCCAACAAAGUUGAGACUCCGAGAGAGUCUUGAUUUAUUCAAAAGUAUUUGGAAUAAUAGGUGGUUACGUACAAUAUCUGUAAUCUUGUUCUUGAAUAAACAAGAUCUCUUAGCUGAAAAAGUUAAGGCAGGUAAGCACAAAUUGGAGGACUACUUUCCAGAAUUUUCACGAUACCAAACUCCAGUUGAACCCGGUGUCGUAGCAGAUCCUUCAGAACCUGCAGAAGUUAUAAGAGCUAAAUAUUUCAUCAGAGAUGAAUUUCUUCGUAUCAGUACAGCUAGUGGAGAUGGGAAACACUACUGCUAUCCACAUUUUACCUGUGCAGUUGACACAGAAAACAUCAAGAGAGUAUUCAAUGACUGUCGUGACAUAAUUCAACGUAUGCAUCUGCGGCAAUACGAACUCUUGUGACUUGGUUUCUACCAUUGCCUAGUAUUGUCUGUCCAAAAAUUAUUAUUUACCUCUCCUCCAUUUACAAAACACCAAUUGUGUAAACAAUUAUAUACUCAUCCACGAACAAGUUAAGACAAAAAAAACGUGCAGAAAAAUGGAGAUGAAUCGAUCAAUUUGCUCGAAUAAUAAACCUAGAGAAAAAUGAAUGAAUGAAUAAAAAUAACAUCAAAAUAAGUUGCCUCCGACGUGGAAAAAGCUUUACCAAAUCAAAUAGCAGAAGGAACAAAUUAACGCCUUGAUUGGCCACUUGGGACUUAUUUCCUCAAAAUAGGUCGGAAUUAAUUGUUCAAAUUAUCAACAACAUCCCUUCCCUUCCUAUCUACCUAGCCCCUGCCACCAAAUAACAAUUUUAUUAUAUUUACACUAUUCUUUCCAAUGUCACUCGACGCACUGUGAUCCGUUACCUCGAAUCUUAUUUUUCUUUUCUUUUUCUUUCAAAUUUUAUUGUUUAUAUGAGAUCUGAUGAUACCGGAAAGUAACAGAAGAGUAACAUAAACGAUCUGUCAAAUUAUUAAUUUCUCGAAGCACACGAAUCUCUUGGAACAUUGCAACAUCCUGAACAUUGUGAUUUUGCCAAUUUAUAUUUUUUUAUCACGCAUGUCCAACAGCACCAAACAUCCCUACUGUUAAACAACAAAAAAAAGAACAAGUAUUUUUUCGUUUUUCUUUUUUCGUUUUUUUCUCUUCAUUUUUUGUGAGAUUUUACAGUAUUUCGAGGUUUUAUUUCUCAUUAUACAAUGUAUGUAUGUAUGUAUUGACUAUGUACAGAGGGCGUCAAUCUGAUUCGGAGUUGUUUUUAAAUAAUUUAUUUAUCAUUUAGUAAAUAUACCUCAGGCAUUAAUUCUCUACUCCCACCUCUCCCCACCAUCAAACGAGAGUGAUUGAUACCGGAAAAAAGGAAAACGAGGGGAAAAAAAAAACAUUUUUUUACACAUUCACUCUCACUUUCGCAAUCGUUCUAUGAGCGCAAUUCACAUCAAUUUGUAAUUGUAUACACAAUCUCAAGAGUGAAUAAAAGAUUGUUCUUGGAGAGUAAAAAUAAAAUUACGUAGAAAACAUUCGACUCCUCCGAGACAAAAAUUAAAAAAAAAAAGAUAUAUAUGUAUAAUAAAGAGAGGAAACAAAUUCUAUCUAUAUACGGUGUGAACAUGUGUGUGCAGUUGCGUACCUGUACGUGAAGAAUGAAAGGUGCAUUCUAAAUCAUUCAUUGAUAAUUAAGUGAAUAUUUAAAUGAUAAUAAAAUGUACGUAGCAGGCAGAAAGAGGUGGAAAGAGGGCUGAUGCGAAAUGGAUUGUCGAUGCAACCGAUGAUUUUAAAUAGUGCAACGUCAAAUUUGUUUUUAUACGUACGGAGAGUGUUUUAUCAUUGAAAAAAAACUCGGUAUUAGUCAUGUGUAAAUUGAAUAACAAAGUUACAAUAAGAGUUGUGGACGUUAGUCAUACGAUGAUGAAUUAUGGUGAAAAAUUGAUGUUUUUUUUAUUAGAGAGCCCUUCCCAUUGGAAUAGAAUGCAAUGGAGUGUGUACGUAUUUUGCGCACACGAAAAAAUUUAAAAGAAAAUUAUAAAAAAAAAAGCAAAAAAAAAGAAAACAAAAUAGGGAAUCAUAUUUAUGUGUCUGUAUCUAUAUCUCAAUACUUGUCUUGCGAGGAUGCCACACAGACUUUUUUUUUCGAAUUAUCUUGUUUUAUUUAUUGUUAAUUGAUUAUUUAAGGAAAAUUUGCGAGUUUUAAAUAAAAAAUGGUCAAAUAAAAUGGCAAAAACGUGAAGUAACGCGCAUUUUUGAAUAACAACGGAUAAAUCAGGGUGAAAAUGGAAAUUCAAUAUAUCAUAUAUCAAUGUAUUAUAUUAUUUUUGGCACAAAAGAAUAUAUAUUAAUAUAUAUGAAGCGUGAAAUGCGUGAGUUUCACGUUUCGUUUUUAAUUCUGAGUUGACCUUUUUCCUUUUUAUCAGAGGUCUGUGCGGUGUCGUACCGGCUCAUAUAUAUAGUAAUAUCAAUUAUAUAAAACAAAAAAAAAAACAAAACUACCAUACAAUUAAUAUAGUAACCAUAGACAUGUUAAUGGUCGUAUGACUCGAUUAACUUUAUCGUCGAUGCCAUUGUUAACGAAGGUGAAAAGAAAAAUACAAAAAAGAUCGGUAAUUAUUAUAAUAGAAGUAAUAAUACAAGUGAGAAUCUAAGUACGAGUAAAGCAAGUGCAGAAGAGAAAAUAGUGUAAGGGAUGAUGGAGGAAGGGGCACCAUAAGUGAUGAUUGACAUUGUCGAAUUUCUAUAUUUUAGGUCCAUCGCACAAUAUUUUGAUUUUGCCUCGAAGAGAGAAUACGAAUGACCAAUGUUCACUCAGAGAAGAGAAAAGGGAUAUAUUUUCCCUUUGUUCCUUUUACUGUUGUCUUUAUAGUUUUUUCUCUUGCUUAUUUUCUUUUUCAAUUUCUAUCAUUGAAAUGAGUAUACGUAAUACGAUAAUACAAAUGUCCGAUGGUUUGAACGUGUACGAGAAAUAAUUGCGUGAGAGUCCCUUCUCAAGGUCCGUUCUUAGUUCCAAUUGUUCCAAACAUUGAGGAAUAUGUAAAUAAUCGAUGAGAAUUCGUCUUUUUGGGAUGAUGAGGAAAAAAAAAUGCCACGAGGGCCGAAUAAUGAGUAGAAAAGAAUAAUUAAUUGACAUUAGUUGAAUAAAUAAAAUGAAAUUAAUAACUUAUCCGUCUGCGGUUAUCGUCAAUGUACCAUAGAUGGAAAGUGUUUUUUCCUAGUAAAUGAAAAUUUCUUGUUGUUGUUACUGUUCAUAUUCAUUAUUUUUAUCAUAUGUUGAUGCUUAAUAUAUCUCUUGGUAAAAAAAAAACGCCAUUGAACCUUCCAGAGUAUUAUGAAAUUGCUGUGUGCAGCCUCCAACUCGUUCUCGUGGUCAAGCCCUCGAUGAUACAUUAUCAUUCUUCAAAAGCUCUCGGUGGAAGAAUAUCGCUUAUUAUUUUUAAUGAAAUAUGAGAAUGAAUAAUAAGAGCGUUUACAUCUCAUCAGUGAAAGUAAAUUGUCUAUGUGCGUAGUUCGUCCUUCCGUAUUUUGGUAUUAUAUUUUAAUUGUAAGUACUGUCCCCUUUCAUGUAUAUAUCUAUUACGUACACGUAUGUAUAAAUAUAUUUAACAAAAGGAAAAUAUAUAUUGAACAAAAAGGA